AUGCCUGGACAUUCCAAGGCAGGGGUUGCCAGGAUGACAGAGAGGUGGGGAGGAGAGCUUACUACAGCACAGGGCUGGACAACAUCAGGACAGGGUGGAGUUCCACCACAGAGGACAGCACAGGGCUGGACAACAUCCGGACAGGGUGGGAGUUCCACCACAGAGGACAGCACAGGGCUGGACAACAUCAGGACAGGGUGGGAGUUCCACCACAGAGGACAGCACAGGGCUGGACAACAUCAGGACAGGGUGGAGUUCCACCACAGAGGACAGCACAGGGCUGGACAACAUCAGGACAGGGUGGAGUUCCACCACAGAGGACAGCACAGGGCUGGACAACAUCAGGACAGGGUGGAGUUCCACCACAGAGGACAGCAAAGUGCUGGACAACAUCAGGACAGGGUGGAGUUCCACCACAGAGGACAGCACAGGGCUGGACAACAUCAGGACAGGGUGAAGUUCCACCACAGAGGACAGCACAGGGCUGGACAACAUCAGGACAGGGUGGAGUUCCACCACAGAGGACAGCACAGGGCUGGACAACAUCAGGACAGGGUGGAGUUCCACCACAGAGGACAGCACAGGGCUGGACAACAUCAGGACAGGGUGGGAGUUCCACCACAGAGGACAGCACAGGGCUGGACAACAUCAGGACAGGGUGGGAGUGUUCCACCAAAGACUACAGCACAGGGCUGGACAACAUCAGGACAGGGUGGAGUUCCAACCACAGAGGCUGCACAGCAGGAGAUCCUGAGGAGAUGGUUCUCUUGGAUGUGUGUGGCUCGUUUGGUUUGGUUUAUGGUUAUAAUGGUCCACACAGGGCAGACCACAAUCCACACUGGACCACAAAUCUCCUGGAAUCUCUGUCCAUGUCAGGAGAAUACCAGCCCCAAACUGUUUCAUAUUACCUUGAAUCUGGGGAUAGUAACAUUUAUUGUUUGGAAACUUCUGUAUGUGUAAUGUUUACUGUAAAUUUGAUUGUUUAUUUCACUUUUGUAUAUUUACCUCACUUGCUUUGGCAAUGUUAACACAUGUUUCCCAUGCCAAUAAAGCCCCUUGAAUUGAAUUGAAUAGUAACACCACAAGCCAACUCUUACAGCACUGCCUUGGGGAGACAGGACCAUAAACCAGGGUAGUGGAGAAUAACUUGAUGGUUACAGACAGAGCUUUGUUUUCGACGUACUGUGUGUGGAAACCCUACUGUAUCCCCUCUCUAAGACCAAACCCUAAACCCGUGUGGCCUGCCUCCUAGUCUCUCACAUUCAUAUUCUGCUCUCAAACCACAGUGACAGAAAAAAAACUCAUCUCUAUCUGGAGUCUGGCAUACGUGUUGUUUUGCUCUGCCUUUAAAUUAAGCAGUAUCACACUAAGAGCCACAUUCUUGUAGUAUUUUCAUAUUUACAGUAUAUUUCUCCUGGUUUGUCCGCAGUGAGUACUCUCUCUCCACAUCCUGGAAUGCAGCUAUAGUUAUCAUAUUAUUGGGUUAGCAGUGUGGUGUGUAUGUGUGUGUGUGCUACUCUGGGGGAAGCCUCUCUAUGGGAUUCGUGAAGUAAACAAAGGGGCCAAAAUAGGCCACAGUGUUCCCACAAAGUGAUGCAAUCAGACGUGGGUAGAGGUUAGAGACGGAAUCCAAGGGGGAGUUGUUGUUCAAUCUCUACCGC